AUGCCGGGCGGAGCCGAGGCUGGGGAGGCCGAGGAGGAGGCUGGGGCCGGCUCCGGGUCGGAGGCGGAGGAGGACGCGCUGUGGGAGCGGAUCGAGGGCGUCCGGCACCGGCUGACCCGCACCCUCAACCCGGCCAAGCUCACGCCGUAUCUGCGCCAAUGCCGGGUCAUCGACGAACAGGACGAGGAGGAGGUGCUGAGCACCUACCGCUUCCCGUGCCGUGUCAACCGCACCGGGCGCCUGAUGGACAUCUUGCGCUGCCGGGGGAAGAGGGGCUAUGAGGCCUUCCUGGAAGCCCUGGAGUUCUACUACCCCGAGCACUUCACACUGCUCACUGGCCGAGAGCCUGCCCAGCGCUGCUCCAUGAUCCUCGAUGAGGAGGGGCCUGAGGGCCUGACCCAGUUCCUGAUGACAGAGGUGCGGCGGCUGCGGGAGGCUCGAAAGAGUCAGCUGCAGCGGGAGCAGCAGCUGCAGGCCCGGGGCCGGGUGCUGGAGGAGGAGCGGGCAGGGCUAGAGCAGCGGCUUCGGGAGCAACAGCAGGCUCAGGAGCGCUGCCAGCGGCUGCGGGAGGACUGGGAGGCGGGGAGCCUGGAGCUUCUGCGGCUUAAGGAUGAGAACUACAUGAUCGCCAUGCGCCUGGCACAGCUCAGCGAGGAGAAGAACUCAGCCGUGCUGCGCAGCCGGGACUUGCAGCUGGCGGUGGAUCAGCUCAAGCUCAAGGUGAGCCGGCUGGAGGAAGAGUGCACGCAGCUGCGAAGGGCCAGGGGGCCACUCCCUGGGGCUGAGGAGAAAGAGAAAGAGAAAGAGCCCGACAGUGCGGACCUGGUCUUGGAGCUCCGCGCUGAGAACCAGCGGCUGGUGGCCUCACUGCAGGAGCUGCAGGAAGGCCUGCAGCAGGAGGCAAGCCGGCCAGGGGCCCCAGGCUCUGAGCGCAUCCUCCUGGACAUCCUGGAACAUGACUGGCGUGAGGCUCAGGACAGCCGGCAGGAGCUGUGCCAGAAGCUGCAUGAUGUGCAGGGGGAGCUGCAGUGGGCCGAGGAGCUGCGGGAUAAGUACCUGCAGGAGAUGGAGGACCUGCGGCUGAAGCAUCGUACGCUACAGAAGGACUGUGACCUGUACAAGCACCGCAUGGCCACCGUCCUGGCCCAGCUGGAGGAGAUCGAGAAGGAGCGGGACCAGGCCAUCCAGAGCCGAGACCGUAUUCAGCUGCAGUACUCGCAGAGCCUCAUUGAGAAGGACCAGUACCGGAAGCAGGUCCGAGGCCUGGAAGUGGAGCGGGAUGAGCUGCUGACAGCGCUUACCAGCCUGGAGGGUGCCAAGGCCCUGCUGGAGGUGCAGCUACAGCGGGUCCAAGGGGGGCCCCAUCUCAAGGCCUGCGCCUCUUCCCAUUCCCUGUGCUCCAACCUCAGCAGCACCUGGAGCCUCAGCGAGUUCCCGUCCCUGCUGGGAGGCCCAGAAGCAGCGGGGGAGGCGGCUGUCAUGGGAGGGCCCGAGCCCCACACCUCGGAGGAGGCCACGGACAAUGAGAAGGAGAUCAAUCGCCUCUCCAUCCUGCCCUUCCCGCCCAGCGCUGGCUCCAUCCUCCGCCGGCAGCGAGAGGAGGACCCUGCGCCCCCUAAGAGGUCCUUCAGCAGCAUGUCAGACAUCACAGGGAGUGUGACGCUCAAGCCCUGGUCCCCGGGCCUCUCCUCGUCCUCGUCCUCCGACAGCGUGUGGCCUUUGGGAAAGCCGGACGGCCUUCUGGCCAGAGGCUGCGGCCUGGAUCUCUUCAACAGGUCUCUGGCCAUCCGAGUGUCUGGCUGGAGUCCCCCGGGGGGACCUGAGUCCCAGGACAAGGGCCCAGAUAGCCUGUCGUUCCUUGGGGACAGCUGGUCUGGCGCUGUUGUGCGGAGGGUGCUCUCUGGGCCAGGGUCGGCCAGGGUAGAACCGAGAGAGCCAAGGGCAGAGGCUGCUGGUUUGGAGGGGGCAGGCCUGGAAGGCGAGGCCCAGCAGAGAACCUUGCCCCGGAAACAGACGUCCACACUCCCACUGAUGGACUUCAAGGCCUGCCAGUCCUUCCACGAGGCCCUGGACGCCUGGGUGAAGGAGCCGGGAGCUGAGCCCUUCUACAUUCGAGCCAACCUCACCCUGCCUGAGCGGGCUGACCCCCAUGCCCUGUGUGUGAAAGCUCAGGAGAUCCUGCGGCUGGUGGACCCGGCAUACAAGCGGCGGCAGGAGUGGUUCUGCACGCGGGUCGACCCCAUCACCCUGCGAGACCUGGACCGGGGCACCGUGCCCAAUUAUCAGAGAGCCCAGCAGCUCCUGGAAGUUCAGGAGAAAUGCCUGCCAUCCAGCCGACACCGGGGCCCCCGCAGUAAUCUAAAGAAGCGUGCCCUGGACCAGCUGCGACUGGUGAAGCCCAAGCACGUGGGGAGUCCUCCUGGGGACUCCCCAGAGCAGUUGCUGCUGGAGCCCUGCUCAGAGCCAGAGCGGAGCCUCAAACCCUACAGCCUGGUGUGGCCCCUGCUGGUAUCUGCCCUGCGGCCUGUGGUGCUCUUGCCUGAGUGCCUGGCGCCCCGGCUCAUCCGCAACCUCCUAGAUCUGCCCAGCUCCCGGCUGGACUUCCAAGUGUGCCCAGCGGAAAGCCUCUCUGGAGAGGAACAGUGCACAUUGUCAGCACCUGGAGCCCCCAAGGCCCGGCCUGCCGCCCCCGGUCUGGGCAGCAGGAUCCGUGCCAUCCAGGAGUCUGUUGGGAAGAAGCACUGCCUGUUGGAGCUGGGUGCUCAGGGUGUGCGGGAGCUGGUCCAGAACGAGAUCUACCCCAUCGUCAUCCAUGUGGAGGUGACCGAGAAGAAUGUCCGGGAAGUCAGGGGUCUGCUGGGCCGGCCGGGCUGGCGGGACUCCGAGCUGCUGCGGCAGUGCCGGGGCUCAGAGCAUGUGCUCUGGGGGCUGCCCUGCUCCUGGGUGCAGGUCCCCGCCCACGAGUGGGGCCACUCGGAGGAGCUGGCCAAGGUGGUGCGGGGCCGCAUUCUGCAGGAGCAGGCCCGCCUUGUGUGGGUAGAGCGUGGCAGCACCAGAGGUGGCAACAGCAGCAGCAGCAGCAGCGAG